ACAAAUAGGGAGGGGGAGAGAGAUCAUCGGAGAGAUUACAAUUCUUCCACUCGUAAUCAUAAAGCUUCUGUGUUUGAAACGUUUAGUUUCUUUAUUCUCUUCAAAGUUUUAGCUACUUCGACAAUGGCGACAUCAAGGAUUCAUCCGCAGUUCUUCCAUACACUUGUUCAUGGCUUUCACACACACUUCACGAUUCCUGAAAGCUUCUUCUCAAAGUAUGUUGAAGGAAGAAGCGUAGCGGAGUUGAAAUCGGACGUUUCGGACAGAACGUGGGAAGUGAAGAUGUCUGGUCGGAGAUUUACUGACGGCUGGAAGGAUUUUGUUGUGGCUAAUGAUUUUCGAAUCGGAGAUGUUGUUGUUGUUAGAUAUGUUGGGGAUAGUGUGUUCCAUUUUUCUGAUUUAGGACCUAAUUGCUCGGAGAUUCAAAGAAAUGAAGGUAAAAAUUUGUUGAAAAGGCGUUUGCAUGAAGUGGAGUUUUCAUCAAACAAUGGAGAUGUUGUUGAUGAUGAAGAGCUUCCUAGAGAGAAGAGAGCGAAGACAAACAGUGAAGAAGCAGAAGCAGUUUCUUCUUCUUCAUCAGCAGACAACUCUUGUUUUGUGGCCUUUGUCACGGGUCUGAAUCUAACUACAGAUACACUGUAUCUUCCACUACGUUUCACAAGCUCAAAUUCUCUUAAGAGAAACUGCCGUAAGAUUGUUUUAAGAGAUGGAAAGGAAAGAUCAUGGGCAUUGGGUCUAGAGUUUAACGAAUCAUCUGAUACUUUUUACAUAAGAGGUUGGAGAAAUUUCUGUGAUGAAAAUGGUCAAAAAGCUGGAGGAUUCUUCAUGUUUGAACUAGUGGGAAACGGGGAAACACCUGUGCUCAGUUUCUCUACUACAGAAUCCGUUAGUGACAGAAGGCAAAGAGACUGUUCGGAAGCUAGCAAGAUAGAAUCUGUUGUCACAAAACUUAGUAGUGAGGUAGAGAACAUAGCAAGGGAGGGCAGUAAAGACGAGUGCAGCUCGUUGAACUCAUUGAUGGGGAUAGAAAAAAAAGAGUAUAUUCUGAAACCAAGAGGUUCACCAUAUUCAUCAUAUUCGCCAUGUCAUAAGCGAUUCAUAAAGUUUACACUUCCUCCGGAUUAUGUCAGAAUUAGAAAUUUGAGUCUUGCAGCGCCCUUCGUGAGGGAUAAUGGCAUCACUAAGCCUGGGGAGAUAUGUCUUUUGGAUAAAGAUGGUAGAAGGUGGUUGACAAAUCUUGGAGUGGACAAGAAAGGAACAACGUCUUUGGGAAAGGGUUGGAAAGAUUUUGUUAAAGCAAACGGCUUAGAGUCGGGCUUCACACUCAAGUUGAUAUGGGAAGAAACAAUUCCUGUGCUUAGUUUGUGCUGUGCAGAAUCUAACUGUGACAGAGAGCUAGAAGAGUUUUUAAAAGCUAUCGAGAAAAAAUCUUGUCUCAUAGAUACUCGCAACAUAGACAAGAUCAGCAACGAUGAGAAUAAUGAGGAGAGCAGGUCGCAGGAGAAAAAGAAGAAUCAUCUGAAAUGGAGAGAUUCAACUCCAUCAAGCGACAAACAAUUUCUGACGUUAACAAUUACACCUGCCAGUUUCGAAAGGAAUAGAUUGCGUCUCUCAAAGAAUUUCACAAGGGAGAAUGGCAUCAAUAAGCCUGGGAUCAUUACUUUGUUGGGAAAAGACGGUAUAAAGUACCAGACGGUUUUGUCAUUAGACAAAACAAAAGGAACCAUGCUCUUAAGAACCGGCUGGAAAGAUUUUGUUAAAAAUAAUGGCUUAAAGACAGGUGACUCCUUUACGCUCGAGUUGAUUUGGGAAGACCAAACUCCUGUGCUCAGCUUGUGUCCUUCAGAACGUAGCAUUGGCAGAGAAGCAGGAGAAGGGUGUUCCGAAACAAACCAGAAAAAGUCUCUACCCAUAGAACCUAGCACUUGUAAAAAAAUCAGCAAAGACAAGAACAUCAAAGAUGAGAGCAGCAAAGAAAAAAACAACAAAGAGGAGAGGAGGUCAGUCAAUAGAGAGAGAAAUCAUCGGAGAGUGAGAAAUUUAACUCCGUCGAGCCAAAAACAAUUUGUGACAUUAACAAUUACACCUUCCAGUGUCGAAAGAAACAGACUGGUCCUCACAGCACAAUUUGUGAGGGAGAAUAAUAUUAACAAGCCUGGAACGAUAUGUCUGUUGGAUACAGAUGGUACAAAGUGGCUGACAAAGCUUCAACUAGACAAGAAAGGAACAAUGAGUUUGGGACAAGGUUGGCAAGAGUUUACUGAAGCAAAUAACUUUAAGCUAGGCGAAUCCUUUACGAUGAAGCUAACAUGGGAAGACACAACUCCUAUACUCAGUCUGUUACGUACAGACUUUAGCUAUUCAAAUUCUAACAAGGAAGAGUCAAUUUUCUCAAAACCGAAAAGCAGAGAUUCAUCCCCAGCAAUCGAAAAAAGACUCGUGACAUUAGCACUCACACCUGAAGAUGUUAAAGCCAGUAAACUGAUACUUCCAAGUCAAUUCAUGAAGGCUAAUGGUAUCAACAAACUUGGGAAGAUAACUCUUUGGUGUGAAAACGGAAUGGAAUGGUCAGCAUAUCUGUUGACAAGAGAUGGAACUGUCGCUUUGGGGUGUGGUUGGAAAGGCUUUUGUGAGGCUAAUGGCGUGCAGUUAGGAGAGCCUUUUACUUUGAAGUUCAUUGACAAACGAGAUACAACUCCGGUACUUAAGUUUUCUUCUCCGGAGACUAAACACAAAACUUUUAUUUAGGAAGAGAUAACAUGUGAAAAUUAGGGCCUAUGUGUAUAUGUUUAUUGUUUGCUUUAGGUAAAAAGAAUAGGAUUGUGAGAAAGGUUUAGAUUUGUCCAUUAGUUCCUUUAAUGCUUGCGUUAUUGAGACAUCAUCCGCAUUGUUCUCAAAAUUGUGUUUGGUUAUGAAAUGUCUUAAGUAUUUUGCUGUAAUACAUAGUCGCUGCUUCUUCAUCUGUUUGUAGUGCCAAAAGUACACAAAAAAGAAAACUCUUCUGUACCUAUAGUCUUCAUGAAACUAAAGAAACUGUUUGUUCA